AUGGCCCGGCCCGAAAACCCAAAUUACGGAGAAAAUGAGACUUCCAAAGUCAAGACCGAACUCUCAACAAUUGCUACAAUAAUAAGCGAUUAUGAGCCUGUAACCAUACUGGUUCAUUCCAAAGACCUCUCCGAGGCAGAGACAACAUUCCAGGGCUGCGGUACUUACGAAGUAGAAAUUAAACCUACCAAUAUGAAUGAUCUGGAGAUUUGGAUGCGCGACAUUGCGCCGACAUUCGUGUUCGCUGAAGGACCGUCCCAUUCGGACCUCCAUGGGAUCGACUUCAAUUUCAACGGAUGGGGAGUGAAGUAUUUCUCGGCCAGCAAUGCGUGCCUUUCCAGACAGUUCCUGGCCGACAGCAACAUUCCCCGAGUGGAAACCUCAAUAGUUGUGGAAGGCGGAGCCCUGGAAACAGACGGAGAAGGAACGCUACUGGUAACCGACAGUUCCAUCCUUAACCCCAACCGAAACGCCAAUAUCAGUCAAGGGACUAUCGAGAAAGAGCUUCGCCAGCUUCUAGGCAUAUUCAAGAUUAUCUGGGUUCCAGGCUUGAAGGACUACGAAGUGACCGAUGCUCAUAUUGAUAUCUGGGCCCGCUUUGUCGCCCCUGGGAGAGUUGUCUUGAAUGAUCCCGGGCCAAACAGACACAUGUUAACGACAAUUCAUGAAACAACCAAGCAAAUAUUAUUGCUGGCUACAGAUGCCAAAGGGCGGAAGUUUGAGAUUAUUGAUCUUCCUAAGGCGGGUAGACGCCUUGAGCCUAUCAACCCAGAGCUGUGUUUGAGUUAUGUGAACUUUCUGCUUAUAAGUGACGCGAUCAUUAUUCCAAGAUUUGGAGACCAUCUGGCUGAUAAUAAGGCUAAAGAUGCUCUUCAAACCCUCUUUCCAGAGCGAAAGGUGAUUCAGAUAUGCCUUGGUGAGAUUGCACUCAAUGGGGGUGGCAUACAUUGCGUGACGCAGGAUAUCCCAGCAAAAGGGAGAUAA